GACAAACGGGCAAGAUAUGUGAUUAACGAGGAAAAAGACCGUUACUGAGCUGCAGGAAAAAAAAAGACAACACGUUUGAUUUGCAGCAUUCGACUUCCUGUGACAGCCGGCAAAAGCUUUAUACGGGGUACGCUCGUGUGAAGCCAUAUAAACUGAUGAGAAAAUCUUCAGUUUACAAAAAUUUCACCACUCUUUUUUUUUUGGAACCAUCGUAAAAGGAAACAGUAGGAUUGAUUUAUUUGUUACAUCCAUCGCGUCACGAAUUGUGCAUUAAAUCCUAAAUCACAAGAAGAUUUGCUUACCUGGCUGUUCAGACACUUUUUGGCCGCCAUGUUGAAAGAAAAGCCAAUGCCGUGUAACCACGUCGCGUGACGUUGGAGGCAGCCAAAAAAGCUACUGGGGGUAGGAGUGACCGAGUAGCAUUUUCCCAAAUCUCCAUUUAAAAAUUAAUGUUAUCGUGUAAAAUUCAUUGAAAGAAACUAUUUACUCCAUAAGAUAAAAUGUAUUUAAGCACGAUCAGUUUAUCUUAAUAGUCAAGCAGAGUAAUCCGUUAAAAUAUGACCUGAAAAACAAAACGUUAUGAGAAACUUUGACAAUACUGUCUGUACCCCCGACAAGGUAACAUUGUCCUUGUUCCAGCGUUACCAUAGUGAUCAAAGUGUUUCGUUUCAAAUAUGGCGGCCUCCAGGUCAAUAGAAGGAGUAUUUUUAUAAAUCUCCGUAAAAGCUAAAGGUUUAUCCUUCGAUAGUUAAUUUCAGGACUCUAAAUUCAAACCAUUAUAAUCUCCAUGUCAACUGCAAAUACUGCGACCGGUUUUAUUUCGGGUACAGGAUUUUCCAGUCAAUGUUUUCCAGUGCGAAGUUUGACUCGAUAUAAGCGACAAGAUGAAGACGGAGGAGCAUGGCUUGUUGCUUACCGAGCAGAGCAAAGAAGGAGAUUCAAAGCUGUAUUGUGUUCUGGAGAGCCCAGUGUGCCAGCAAAGCCUACAGUGGUUACAAAGUUCAAGGAAGAAGAGACAGAAACUAUAGAAGAUGAAAAACCACCAAAACUUGAUGGCUUUUAUCUGAUGAAACAAUUUCAUGUUGAUGAUCCAUCUGACUUGUGUUCAAUCAAAAUAAGUGGCCAGGAACUAAGAGAGGUGAAUGAAAAUGACUUCUUGCUGUUUGACAAUGUCAUUCAUGUUGAUGCUGGUGAUAACAAUCUGCCAUUUUCGGCCUUCAGCAAGUUCUCAGCACUCCAGGAAUUAGAGCUUCCUCUGAACAAUAUUUGUAACUCCAUCAAAGUUCAGCCAGACAUGUUUGAAUGCCUGAUGACCCUGGACCUUUCAUACAAUCGCCUCAGUGGAGAUGACAUCUUAGCACUUGGUCUUCUAAAAAGUCUUCGAACCUUGCAUUUGACUGGCAAUGAAAUAAGAAAGCUUCCAGUUGAAAUGACAAGAACAUACAGGACAAUCACAGGAAUGACACCUUCAGGGGCAGUGGAAUCUCAGGAGAGGAGACAGAGAUUUCCUGCUUUGGAAAAUUUGUACCUUGAUCACAAUGAACUCACAGACCUGUCUACAUUUGCAAGCCUGGCAGGACUCAAAAAACUAAAAUACCUUAACUUGGAACAGAAUGAGAUAUCUUCCGUUCCCCAUCUUCGACUACUGGGUGCUCGAGUGCGUGAAGAUGAUACUUCAAGACAAGAAAAUACAAAGACUGUUGAAAGCUCUUUACCUGAUGUUCUUGAAGAAAACGAGAAAGAGAUGCAGAAAGAGGAAGAAUCAAAGCAUGAUGAAGACAAAGAAAAUGUUAAUGAACUCAAUCUAGAUGAUGAAGUAGAUGACAUGCUAAGCCGAAACCUUGUGGAUCAUGAACGAGGAGAGAAAAGGAGUCGGCCUGAAAUUAAGCCAAGCUCUAGCACCUUGACUGAGGAUCCUUCACUGCUAGGUGACAAGUACAAUCCACCAAUGCCAUUUUCCAGUCUUCUGCACUUGAAUCUGGCAAACAACCUCAUCUUUGAAGAAGAAGGUCUCUUGGCACUGAUGAGUUGGCCCUCCCUCAGAGAACUUGUUGUGUGGGGUAAUCCACUUACAACAGCUUUCAAAGGUGACCCACCAAUACUUUCAUUUCAACUUGGGAGAUUGAAAGGAGUAAGGAUCUUUAGACAAAGGCCUCCAAAGAGACCCAAGCCGACUGUGAAUCUUGCAAAUACUCACAGAAAGGUAAAAGAUACUCUUCCCCCAAUGCCGAAGAAGCAAAACCUGGCAAUGCUGGAAGCCCCUCCUGAUCCGAAGUCAAUCGCAUAUGUUGGACCACCUUACAAGACAUUACCACCGAUAGGAUCAGCACCCCCCACAGGACGACAGCGCCAGUCUACCACCCCAAGGAAGCUCUAUACUGCGCCUGGCGCCACUGAGAAGACACCAAGAGAUGAUCGCCCUCCUUUCGACCGUACCAAUAGCAUGCCUCCGGAAUUUCCUGAAUCAGAGCAGUACCAGUCUGGUCACACAACCAGGCAGACGGUGAAGACGGACGGAGAAGCUACUGUUAGUGAAAGUGUCGGGACUGCUGAUGGUCGAUAUCAACCUCGUACAGAUGGGGGGCUCAACACUGACGAUAGAUUUUUCAUGACCCAAAUUGACGAACAAGGUGACGAACAAGGUGUUGAAGCGCCUAAGCAAAAACCAAACAAAGAAAAACAGCGUCCAUUUAGCGUGGAAACUAAGUAUAGAGGCUACGAAGAGUUGUUAGACGUCGAUACUGAAGACCCUGACAUUGUGGUACCAAAGGACCUCCAGGGAAGCGUUAGAGCUCUGAACUACGCUCUGGCCCAUCCACUGAUCUUCAGUGAACCACAUGGAACAUACAAAGAACGAAGAGUUAAAAAGAUCAAGGUAAGUUAACGUUUAAUGCUCUUUGUUGGCACUUUGUUGGAGAGACUGCAGUCUCGUGUGACAACAGUUUAGUGGCUCGUCACCCAUUUUUCAUCCCAACUGUAAAAUUACAUGAAAAGCCAAAAGCAAACUACAGAGAAGGCUUUUUCAACGGCUAACCCAUGCAUUAUAUCAUCUUGUUUUCUCAUAGCGAAAUCGUUUUGCAUGCUUAAACGUGAUUUCCCCUCCCCUUUCCAUUCAUUUCUCUUCGCCUUCCUUCC